AUGAGAUCCCGGGCUUUUCAAUUGUCUCACGGCUUUGAGCAGCUCUUGGAAUUGACCUGCCUCGAUGAACAUCUUCCCGAAGAAUCGAAAUCCAGAGGCGGAAGACUUCUCUCUGACGAGGGAGCACAGCCUGAUUUAUUCCAGGGUUGGCUGGAGAUGUGCCACUCGGAGCAUGGGGCAAAUUGUGAGGCCUCGCUCCCGCCAGACACCUUAGAUAAGGCGGCCAGAUCCUUCAAGCUCCGUCUGAUCGAUGUUGAGGCUGUCGAAGUGCUCGUUGGAUCCCUUAUUGACCAUUAUUGUGCCUUGUCCUACGUCUGGGGAGACAUCGAAUCCUUCAAGGCUACGGCAGCAUCAUUGGCGCCGGAUGCUCGACACCCGGGGGAGUUUUCACUACCACUGGGACAUCAUUCUGCGUCUUCCGAAGAGCCAGGACUGACCCAAGAUACGGCCGCGAAGGCGUCAGGCCGGAUUCGAAGGACCAUCAGGGAUGCAGUUGAGAUGACAAAACGCUUAGGUCUCCGCUAUCUGUGGUUGGAUUCCUUAUGCAUAAUACAAGACGACGUUGGCGACUGA